GGUUUUUUUAAAUAAAAAAUUCGGUGUUCGGUUCGGUAUUCGGUUCCGGCUCACCGGUUCUUCGAUAUUCGGUUAAACGGAAAAUUUAGUAAAUAAUUUUUACUCCCCUCACCUUCAGAUCACUUAGCUGGUUAGCCCACUCCACUUUCUAUCUUUCUUAGGCCCAACUUAAUAUAUCUAUCCAAGCCCAUCCUACCUGACCCAAAUUAGUAUUACCAGGCUACCAGCUAUCCAAUCCAACUCGUUUCCAAGACUCCAACAGAUCAACCAUUCAAUCCUAACUUCAUUUCGUCUCAUCUCCUCUCCUCCUCACGCCUAACCUAACAGUCCGACUCCUCACUCCUCAGUCCUCACACGAUCCACACUUAAUAGUCCUCACACUGCUUUGUCCAACGGCGGCGGGAGUUCUCAGGCACCUCACACCAAGAUGGCGGAUGAAACUAGACUAAGUGCGGCUGGUUCAACUGAUAGCGUACCUAAUACAUAUGAUAGCAAUGACAUUGACAAGUCACUUGACACCCAGACCCAGGUAACAAAGAAAAGAAAAGAAAUAAGUUCUAGGUCAGCGGUUUGGGAUCAUUUUGAUAAGGUCGUUGUGAAUGGUAUUGGUAAAGCGAGGUGUAGUCAUUGUAAAAAUCUUUAUGCCGCUAAUACAACUAUAAAUGGGACAACGGGAUUGAGACAACAUAUAAAUUUGAGGUGCCCAGUAUAUGAAGCCAAGAUUGAAACUUGCACUCAGAAAAAGAUAAAUUUUGCAUCUAAGGGUGAGCCGCUUUGGGAAUUUGAUCAACAAUUAAUUAGGAGGGCUUUAGUUGAGAUGAUAAUUACGGAUGAACUACCAUUUAGCUUUGUAGAAAAGGAAGGCUUCAAGAAGUUUAUGAAUGUAGCCCAACCUUUAUUUCAAGUUCCUUCCCGUAGAACAAUAACAAGAGAUUGUUAUGAACUUUAUGGCGAGUUGAGACUAGAUUUGAAGAAGAAUUUUAGAGAAGCAAAAUCAAAAAUUUGCCUUACUACUGACACAUGGACAUCAUUGCAAAGAAUUAAUUAUAUGUGUUUGACAGCUCACUAUAUUGAUAAAGAUUGGAUGUUGCAUAAAAAAAUACUGAAUUUUUGCCCUAUCACUAGUCAUAAGGGUGAGCAUAUGGCAGAGGCUAUUAGUAAUUGUUUGCUUUAUUGGAACUUGGAUAAGGUUUUUUCUGUUACUGUUGAUAAUGCUUCUUCCAACGAUGUUACAGUUAGAGAAUUGUCUAAACAGUUAAAUAUGUGGGGAACUAAUAUAAUGGAUGGUAAGCAUCUUCACGUGAGAUGUAUGGCACACAUACUUAAUCUAAUUGUGCAUGAAGGUUUGAAGGAAAUUGAUGCUUCUGUCAAACGUGUUAGGCAAAUGGUGAGGUAUGUUAGAUCAUCUUCGGCAAGAGAAAGUCACUUUAAGAAAUGUUGUGAAGUUCAAAGGGUGGAUUGUUCUAAAACAUUAGCGCUAGAUGUGCCUACUAGGUGGAAUUACACCUACUUGAUGUUGGAUACGGCACAAAACUUUGAAAAAGCCUUUGAUAGGUUUGAUCUUUUUGAUGAGAAUUUUAAUAAUUAUCUUUCUACUCAUGUUCUUGAAGAUGGAAGUGUUGCAGGUCCUCUUCAAUCUGAUGAUUGGGUGAAAAUUAAGAAAGGUGUAAAUUAAGGUGCUUGACAUGUGGUAUGAUACUUAAAUAUAAUUCAAGAGUGAAUGGCACAGGUUCCUUGAUGAAACAUAUUGGGAAAUGUCUUGAGCGUCAACAAGAGAGCCAAAUUCGCCUUCAAAUUUGAGCUUGUAUUUUGAAUUUGGUGAAUUUCGGACCGAAUUGUGAUUGCUAGUGUUGUGUUAAGACAAUGAAUUUAAGCCUUAGUUUGUGACAACUAAUUUUUUGUAUUUGGAGCUAAAUUUUAAGA